CUGGAACGUUCUUGUGUCCUCGAUAUAAUAAUAACAAUGGAGCUAAAUUUUUCAAAACACAACAAAUCGAGAGAACACGAAGACGAUUCAGUUAGUAAAGUUUAAUACUUUUAGUUUUCAGAAUCGGAGAAAGAAAAAGAAAAUGAGUGCUGUUGCGAUAAACCACUUGUUCGGCUUUCCGGAGACGAUCGAGAAGCUGAUUCUCCCGAUCUCUCGUUCCGGCGACGGUAAUAGUAACGAGUCUCGAGUUGGAGGAGGAGGAGGAAGUAACAACAUCCCAAUCGACAUUUUGGAAUCUUCUAAAAAGUACAUAUUUUAUCUCGACAUCCCCGGAAUCUCAAAAUCCGAUAUCCAGGUGACUGUGGAGGAAGAGAGGACAUUAGUGAUAAAGAGUAAUGGGAAGAGGAAGAGAGAUGAUGGUGGUGACGAGAGUGAAGAAGGUUCUAAGUACAUUAGACUUGAGAGGAGGCUUGCUCAGAAUCUUGUUAAGAAGUUCCGCUUACCGGAAGAUGCUGACGUGUCUGCCGUUACGGCUAAAUAUCAAGAUGGGGUUUUGACUGUCACCGUUAAUAAGUUACCGCCUCAGCCGCCUAAGCCUAAGACUGUCCAAAUCGCUGUUUCUUGAGUAUGGUUUCCUUCCUUCUUCGUGUUUUUUUGUUUGUGUCUUGUCUAGUUUGUUGUUCCUUAGAUCUGUAAGGAUUCUGUUCUGUCGGGAUCCCCUGUUCUGUCUCAUGUUUUCUGAUCUGUAAGGAUUCUUGUUCCUUUGUAAAGCGGAUGUUUCAGUUUCCUUGUCUAGUUCCUGUUAAUUAAGAACAGAUGACUGUUGUGAUGUGAGUAUUAUCAUUA